UGGAUGAAUACGGGAACCCUACGUCGCCUCCUCCGCCGCUGACGGUGAUGACGCCGGUGAAAGACACGAGUUCGAGGUCCCGAGCACCGAGUGCACCGGUUACCCCGCGAAUCGCAUCACCCAUGCCAUCGACCGCUCAGGUAGCUCAGAAAAAACCGUCCCCGCCGAUGGCAGAGGUACGGAGUCGGGCAUCGAGUACCGCGAGCCAGAAACCACCCCCGCUCACCGUACCAGCACCCCCAAACCACGUAUUACCAGAGUUCGACGUGUGUUUCCCUCCCCCGAAACCUUCGCGAGGAUUACGGCGGCAAAUAUCGAGUAUGCUUCACGGUCACGGCGGGGCUGGGAGCACAGGAAGACCAGUACGAUGCGCACUACCGACUGGGAUGAAGAGGGCGGUGUGUAUUGGCGUGCACGGAUACUUUCCUCACCCCGCCGUCCGAAGUGUGCUCGGUCAACCGACGGGUACAUCCGUGAAAUUCGCCACGAUGGCCGCUGAAGCUGUCAAACGCUGGUUUGACACAAACAAUCCCGGAACAGAGCUCCAAAUCGAGAAAAUCGCACUAGAAGGCGAAGGCCUCGUCCACACCCGCCUGGAAACACUCUGGAAACUCUUAUUACAGUACGUCGACAUCGUCCAAACCGCAGAUCUUCUCUUCAUCGCUGCACACUCCCAAGGAUCUCCCGUGGCGAUACAGUUAUUAGCGAGACUUGUCGAGGAAGGAUACAUUCGGGAUGGAGCGAGGGUUGGGGUAUUGUGUAUGGCUGGGAUACAUAUGGGGCCGUUUAGGGAGUUGGGAGAGAUGUAUCUUACGAAGACUUAUAAUGCGCUCGAAAGGGGUGCCGCGAGGGAGUUGUAUGAGUUUCAGGAUACGGGGGGACGGGUGUCGAGGAGGUAUCAGGAGGCGUUGAGGGUUGUGUUGGCGAGUGGGGCGAAGAUGUGUUUGGUUGGCUCGUUGGAUGAUCAGUUGGUGCCAUUAUAUUCCGCCGUUUUCUCACACCUUUCGCAUCCAUCGAUCUACCGAGCAGUCUUUGUCGACGGACAGAUAUACGCACCAUUCCUCGCUCGACUGAUUGGCUUCGCGAUGCGCAUGCGGAAUGCGGGUGGGAAGGAUCAUAGUUUGAUUAUGGAGAUUUCGUCAGCGUUGGCAGGGAGUUUGUUGGGUGGGAAGGGACAUAGUAGGUUGUAUCACGAGGAAGCGGUCUACGAUCUCGCACUCCGAUAUACGCUCGAAACCACGACUGCGGCACCAGUCGCACCCAAAGUCACGCCAUUCCACGCGGAGAAACGAAAGGAAAAUCCUUUUGCGUUGCCGUUUGCGAUGAGGGGGAUUAUUGAUGAUCCAAUGGUGAGCAGGGAAGCGAGUUUUAGUGAGGAGGUGGAUAAACUCCGAGGAGAGUUUGAGGCGUGGAAGCCGAGUACGAAGCCGUUGAAGGAUUUGAAGUACAGGCUUGAGCCCAUACAGAGUACGGAGGAUCAAGGUUAA